AUGGCUGAAAACGCUGCAAAGAGAGUCAAGAUGUCGCCCGUCACCAUCGGCACCCACAACGGCCACUUCCACGCCGACGAGGCCCUGGCCGUGCACAUGCUCCGCCUGCUGCCGACCUACAAAGACUCCCAGCUGGUGCGAACCCGCGACACCAAGCUCCUCGAGACCUGCCACACCGUCGUCGACGUCGGCGGUGAGUAUGACGAUGGCAAGAAGCGCUACGACCACCACCAGCGCGGCUUCACCACCACCUUCCCCGGCAGAGCCACCAAGCUCUCCAGCGCCGGCCUCGUCUUCAUGCACUUCGGCAAGGCCAUCAUCGCCCAGAAGCUCAGCGAGGGCGCGGAGGCCCCUGUUGCCGAGGACAGCGCUGAGGUCGAGAUGCUAUACAAGAAGUUGUACGAGAGCUUCAUCGAGGCCCUUGACGCCCACGACAACGGAAUCUCUGUCUACGACCCCAAGGCCGUCGCGGCUGCCGGCCUCGAGAAGCGUUUCAGCGAGGGCGCCUUCACCCUCGGUGCCAUCGUGGGCCGCCUGAACCCCAACUGGAACGACCCCGUCCCCUCGGACCCGGUCGAGGCCCAGCGUCUGGAGGAUGAGCGCUUCUCCAAGGCGAGCCGCCGUAUCGGAGAGGAGUUCGACGCCGACCUUGACUACUACACCAAGGCCUGGCUGCCCGCCCGCGCCGUCGUGCAGGCCGCUUUUGAGAAGCGAACCCAGUACGACCCCCAGGGUCGCGUUCUCGUUCUCGAAGGCCAGAGCGCUCCCUGGAAGGACCACCUCUACUCUCUCGAGGGCGGCAACCCUUCCGUUCAGUACGUGCUGUACCCCGAGAAGCCCACUCCCGAUGCCAAGUGGCGCGUGCAGGCCGUCCCCGUCACCAAGGACUCUUUCGAGAGCCGCAAGCCUCUGCCUGAGGCGUGGAGGGGAUUCAGAGAUGAGGAGUUGGACGGCAUCUCUGGCAUUCCCGGAUGCGUUUUCGUCCACGCUGCCGGCUUCAUUGGUGGAAACAAGACUUUCGAUGGCGCCAAGGAUAUGGCCAUCAAGGCGUUGGAUCUGUAA